AAAUCAGCUAUGUAAUACUGUAAUAAUGUUAUGGUAUAGCAUUAUUAAGGCCCCAUAAUUCUGUGGUUGAGCAGGACUUGUCAUGUACUUUGAAAGUGCACAUUUUCAUUCAUUUUAGAUGUCUUCCCAAACACAACUUAUUUUAAAAAAUUAUGCUUGUAAGGGUCUCUGGAGGUCUGGUGUUGCCGGGAAAGUAUUUUUUGUACGCUGAAUUUCAGCCUUGACAGCAGUAUACUGUGUUAAGGGGUGGCUCUGAGCAGAGGAGGUUACAUUAAGUGUUAAACCUGCACUUGGGAAGCAUCAGUAUCAACUGUCUCUGGAGCCUUAUGCAGCCGUGGUGCUAAGGGUUAUGAUCUUUUGUUAUCAGUUAAAAAAUGGACUCUAACAAGGCAACUGUUCCUGGUGUAGAUGCUCGAUAAUGUCAAAAGAUAGACCGAGUGAGACAGAGAUGUGACAGCCCUUGUCAAAAGGCUUCAAAGCAUUGACAGCUCCUUACCUCCCCGUGGAGGGACAACAACACAGUCAAGGAAACCCCGAGGAUCACGGCCUCCCGUCCGGAUGACACCAGCAGGAGUCAGCUACCCUGCUCCGUGUAGCUAGCAUUAGCUAAGCUAACAAAUGUCUUACCUGAAUUCGACAGAAUUGUAAAUGGAUUACUUAAUUCAGACGUUAGUUGGGGUUUAUGGGACCUGGAGCUGUUGAGUAGUUUGCUGUCACUGGAAUGUGCGGACAACAUCUCUUUUGGGACUGAGAGCGGUUGUGAAAACUGCUAAAGGUUUUCCAGUCAUGAUGGAAGGACUUCAUAGCCAGGCUCUCAGCCUGGACCCACGCAGGCAGGAACUGCUUGAGGCUCGCUUCACUGGAGUUGGCAUGGCCAAGAGUUCAGCCAACAGUGAAUCAUCAAACCAGUCUCUGUGCAGUGCAGGAUCAUUCAGUGACAAGGAACUAGAGUAUGGCUCGUUGAAUGAGCUUAAAAGAAACAAGUUUAAAUCAAACAUACUUCCAUGCGCUUGUCAGACACCAGAGAAGAAGACCAAUGAGAGAAGCAGGAAAAGAAAAGGAGACCCCUUUGACAGCAAUAGCCAAGGAAAGGGAAGGUGGCACAGAACAGGUGAUUAUUUUGAGUUUGCUGGUAGCAGCGGCUCUGGCACCAGUCCUGCCCGAGGCAUCCCCAUGCUGGUGCGCUCCGUCUCACAGCACUCACUGUCUUAUCCUCCGGACGGCAGUCCUUUGUCCACAGGCUCAGCGCACACAGACUCCUCAUCUUGCAGCUCAUUUAAGACGGCUCCCACACGCUCCUGCUCACACAAAGCCAUCCAGUCAGAUCUAACUCUGCUGAAACUGACUGCACUGGAGAAGGCCAAAAACUCUGACCUGGAGAAAAAAGAAGGGAGAAUAGAUGACCUGCUGAGAGCUAACUGUGACUUGAGGCGGCAGGUAGAUGAGCAGCAGAAGAUGCUCGAGCGCUACAAGGAGCGGCUUAGCAAGUGUAUGACCUUGAGCAAGAAGUUGCUAAUUGAAAAGUCAAAACAGGAGAAGAUGGCAUGCAGGGACAAGAGCAUGCACGAUCGCCUCCGUUUAGGUCAUUUCACCACCGUGCGCCAUGGGGCUUCGUUCUCCGAGCAGUGGACGGAUGGAUACGCCUUCCAGAACCUUAUCAAACAACAAGAGCGAAUCAACUCUCAGCGGGAGGACAAUGAGAGGCAGAGAAAGCUGCUGGGGAAAAGGAAACCACCCGUGGCCUCAAUACCACCACCCAACGUAGAACAGAACAAACGCAAGAGCAGAAGCAAUGGCCAGGAAAAUGAAACGUUGUCCCUGGCAGAUUACCGUGAACAAGAGGAGAUUUUCAAACUUCGACUCGGUCGUCUAAAAAAGGAAGAAGCAGAGGUCCAGGCAGAGCUGGAACAGCUGGAGCGGGUUAGGAACUUGCACAUACGAGAGCUUAGGAGAAUCCACAAUGAGGACAACUCACAAUUUAAAGACCAUCCCACACUGAAUGACCGAUAUCUGCUAUUACGUUUACUUGGAAGAGGUGGAUUUAGUGAAGUUUUUAAAGCUUUUGAUUUUACUGAACAGAGAUAUGUGGCCAUUAAAAUUCAUCAACUUAACAAGAACUGGAAGGAGGAGAAGAAGGAAAACUACCACAAACAUGCCUGCAGAGAAUACAGGAUCCACAAAGAACUGGACCAUCCUAGAAUAGUCAAACUCUACGACUACUUCUCAAUCAACGCAGACUCAUUCUGCACAGUGCUAGAAUACUGUGAAGGCAAUGACCUGGAUUUCUACUUGAAGCAGAAUAAAUCAAUGACAGAGAAGGAGGGUCGCUCCAUCGUCAUGCAGCUUGUCAAUGCACUCAAGUACCUCAAUCAAAUUCGACCACCCAUCAUCCACUAUGACCUCAAGCCUGGAAACAUCCUGCUGGUUAAUGGCACAGCCUGUGGUGAGAUAAAGAUCACUGACUUCGGCUUGUCUAAGAUCAUGGAUGACGACAGCUACAACUCUGCAGAUGGCAUGGAGCUGACCUCACAGGGAGCAGGGACCUACUGGUAUCUGCCACCUGAGUGCUUUGUUGUUGGGAAACAUCCCCCAAAAAUAUCCAACAAGGUGGAUGUUUGGUCUGUAGGAGUCAUAUUCUACCAGAGUUUAUAUGGCCGCAAGCCAUUUGGUCAUAACCAGUCGCAGCAGGAUAUCCUCAAGGAAAACACCAUAUUAAAAGCUACUGAGGUGGAGUUCCCCCCCAAACCUGUGAUCACCACAGAAGCAAAGGCCUUCAUUCGACGUUGCCUGGCUUACCACAAGGAGGACCGUGUGGAUGUGCUGCAGUUGGCCAACGACCCCUUCCUCAUGCCCCAUAUUCGUAAAGCCUUGGGUAGCAGCACAGCUCUGGUGCCCCCUAGUCCAUCCACAUCCAGCUGCUAUAGCUUCAAUGCCUCCAGCUGAGGUUAGCUGAAAGAAGCAAGAGUAAAACUCCACAGUGGACAAAAGCAGCACAAAUUCUUUGCACUGAAGAAGCUCCCCCUUUAUAGAGCAUGAUGAGAAGGAGGGAUCCUCAAAGUGUGAAUGGAGGCAGAAAGGUGAAUGGCAUCGUAAUGCAAUAGUAAAUGUGCCCACCACUGUUGUCCAGCAGUGGUAAAAAUGAAGGGCCAGCCUCUGGUUGUGGGCUUACAAGAACCCAAAGAUUUGCCCAUAUGCAUGCACUAAUGUAAACUUUGGCUCAUUUCAAGUUUUUUUUUUUCUAAAUAACAAUGACAAACAUCUGGAAGAUUUGCACAACUGACAGACUCGGAUGUAUGGUGUGUGGAAACUUGCAUGCCCAUAUUAUAGAAGGUUUAGAGGAGGAAACAUUAAUAAAAUGUCAUCCCAUAAUGCUUAAAAUUCAUCAUCUCUCAAACUUUACAGUAUUUAGACUCAAAUACAUAUCCCUGUCAGAUAAAAACCCUGAUGUUUUUAGGAAGGGCUACUGCAAGUCAUGAGGAGUGAUUGUUGUCUGAGGUUCAAGUCCUGUCUUGAUGACUCCCUAAAUGAUUAAUCUGUGAAGUAAAACAGGAGAGAGCUGAUUCUGGAAAGACAUUUUGACCUUUUUUCCCCACCAACUAGAAGUUGGCUUAUUAUUUCUAUUAAAUCCAUAUUUUCCAUGAAAUUGACCCAUCUAAUGUCUGAAUGAGUGUUGUGAGGCAAGAUUCAGCUAAAAUAAUUAUUGAAACAAUUAAAAAGCAUUUGGUUAACA